AUGUUCAAAAAAUAUAAAGUACAAGAUAAUCGUCAAAGUGCUAAGAAAAACCUACAACAUCAGGCUGAAAAAAUGCUGAAAUCGAGUGAAAAGAAGUUUGCUCCUGUACCUAUUGGCACUUCUGUACGAAUUGCAGUUCCAGAGGUUGACAGAGGACGUGGUGAUGCCCGAAAUAUUAUAGGUGUAGUUUUCGCUAAAACCGAUGAUGAGCUUUAUCAAAUUGGUACCAAGAACGGAAUCUUAAAACAAUUAUAUUCUCGAUCUCAGAUUAAUGUGUGUCCAAGAGCUCUUCUUGAUGCAGAGGAUGUACCGAGUACGGAGAUAGCACUACGGUCAGUUGCUAACCUACAAUCCACUGGAACCGGCCAGGGAUUUAAAAAGUGCCAUUGCAAGAAAAACUGUACUAAAGCAAGAUGUCUGUGCUAUAAAAAUAAAUUAUUGUGUACUUCCAAGUGCCAUUCCGACUUACCCUGCAAAAAUAAAUAG